AUGCUUAAAUAUUUUUCUUUUUUAACUUUAUUUUUUUUCUUGAUACCUUACAUCCUUUGUGACUUUAUAAUAGUUGAUUCUAAUAAAGAUGUCUAUAAUUUCGAUAAAAAUACAGUUUUGAACUUGACUGAUAAUGUUUUUAAUAUCUUUUUAGACACAAAAACAAGCAAUUCAGAUAUAAAAGUAGUGUACGCAGAAAUUUUUAAUAAAUAUAAGUUAGCAAUAGAAGGAUCAUGCUCUUAUGUUAAAGAAUUAAUAAAAGGAAGAAGUUUAAAAUAUUUAGAUGAGAAAGAAACAAAAGAAUAUAUUAAAUCAAAAGAUACAUACUCUUUUUCUAUCUUUGUAUAUACUGUUAGCGGUGAACCAGAAGUUAUACAAGAAGUUUAUAAAAAACAUCCAAAACAUAUAUCAUAUAUAAUAACUUGCAAAGAAAAUGAGAUUUUUGAUAACAUUGAAGAUGUAAAAGGAAAUAAGAACGUUUUUCAUACAAAUCCUAACAUCCUAUCUCAGUUAAUUGUAAUUUUUUUGAUAUUUUUUUUCGUUAUUAUUGGAUUUUACAUUUUAAUAAGUAUUAGCACACCAAAUACAUUUGAAGAAAAACAAUUAAUAAUAAAUAAAGAACAAUAA